AUGAGACUCCCACAAUCUCUUUUGCUGCUGGCUGCUGCUGGGUCGACUGCCCAAGCUAGUGAGAAGGCUGCUCGUCCCCGAGGCGUGGGUCCGGAAUUCGCCAAAUUUUACCAGGACUCCACGACUUUCACAUGCAUCUCGAACCCUUCUAUCAAAAUCCCCUUCUCGGCCGUCAACGAUGACUUCUGUGACUGCCCCGAUGGAAGUGAUGAGCCAGGCACCGCCGCUUGUGCCCAUAUCUCGCGGAACUCGCCCUUGACUGUGGCAGAUCGACCAGGCAACAGUGAUCUGGAUAUCGCUCUCGGUCUGCCCGGGUUCUACUGCAAGAACAAGGGCCAUCGUCCAUCGUACGUCCCAUUCCAGCGGAUCAACGAUGGAAUUUGUGACUACGAAAUGUGCUGCGACGGCAGUGACGAGUGGGCGCGUGUUGGAGGCACCAAGUGUGAAGACCGUUGCAAGGAGAUCGGCAAGCAAUGGCGCAAGGAAGAGGAGAAGAAUCAAAAGUCAAUGACUGCCGCCCUAAGGAAGAAAAAGGAUCUUCUUGUCGACGCUGGCCGCCAGCAGAAGGAAAUUGAGGUCCAUAUUGCUGAGUUGGAGGCUGAGAUCCAAGGUGCCGAGGUCAAGGAACAAGGCCUUCAGGCUGAUCUGCAGCUCGCCCAGGAGCAGGACCAGAAGGUCGUCCGCACUGGCAAGGGUAAAGGCAAGCUGAGUGCUUUCAGUGCUCUUGCCAAAGGACGUGUGGAGGAGCUCCGCAAUGCGUUGGUGGAUGUUCGUCGUCAGCGGGAUGAGACCCGUGACCGUGUCAAGGAGCUUGAGGAUAUCCUGGCCAAGGUCAAGGUGGAAUAUAACCCGAACUUCAACGAUGAGGGUGUCAAGCGGGCGGUUCGCAGCUAUGAGGACUACGCUGCUCGUGAUCAAAGCACCGAGGAUUCAAAUGGGGCCGUGAACCGUGAUUUGGAUGAAAUCACCAAGGUCGACGGCGCCGACAACGGAGUUAACUGGGAGCACUGGGAAAAUGAGGAUGAGGGCUGUCCGGAUUCCGAUAUAGGUAAAGUGUCUCUGCAACCUCUAUGCCACCAGCAGCUGACUAACGGAAUGAUAGUAUACGUGUUGGCCGCGUACCUCCCACCGUCGCUUGUUAACUUCAUUGAAGGAAAGGUCGUCUCCGUCAAGAACUACCUCCAGGAGAAUGGUAUCUUGCCCAAACCUACUGAGGAAUCUUCCUCGGAUUCCAAGGCCGUCACCCAAGCACGCGAGGCCCUCCAAGAGGCACAGGACUCUCUGUCCAGUUUGAAGAACAAGCUGCGUGACCAGCGUGCUGAUCUUGAGCAAGACUACGGUACCGCUUCCAUCUUCCGCGCUCUGAAGGGGGUGUGUAUCUCUCAGGAUGCGGGCGAGUAUACAUACGAACAUUGCUUCCUCGAGUCCACUAAGCAAAACCAAAGGAAGGGAGGCAGCUCCGUGUCUAUGGGCAAAUUCUCGAACGUGGGAACUACACUUGUCGAAGAAGUCAAUGAGGCUGGCGAGGUUAUCAAUGUUGAAAAGACAGUGAUCGAAUACACCCGUGGCCAGUCAUGCUGGAAUGGGCCUAACCGGUCGACUAAGGUCAUUUUGGAGUGCGGUGAGGAGAAUCGGAUUUUGAAGACUGCCGAAGAAGAGAAGUGUGUGUACGCUAUGCUGGUCACUUCGCCAGCUGUUUGUGCGGGUGGUGAGGAGGUUGGAAACUCCGCGCCUCGGUCGAAAGACGAGCUGUAA